UGCCGCUUUCAACAUACCCAGAGAGGACUGGAAAUUUGCCUAUCGCUUACGACGACCCCGACGCACCACCUUCCCUUCCCAACGAGCUCCUUGGGCAGAUUAUUGAGCGAGGAUGGAAUGCCCCCAUGCCCCCAAACGAACGCACCGAAUUUCUGACAAGCACCUUCCUUGUCUCCAAAGAAUGGCUAGCGACGCUCGCAAGGGUAUCCCUCAUGGACGUGUACAUCUCGUCGCCCGCCUACCUCGCGUACUACCGUCGCCUUAUCGAAGGCAAGUCGGCGGUGUACGGACAAGCCCUCAGCCCGGGUAGCAGUGCGGUCGACCUCUGCCGCUCAAUUACCCGUCAGAUUCCGCUGUCGGUGCACCGAUUGGAGCAGGUGUCUGGCCUCCGCGACCGCUUAUGCGGUAAGCCCAUGCGCGACCUCCUAUCGACCUUCCACUACUUCCCCUACUUCCCCAACCUGGAGAGCCUAGCGGUCGAGUACUACACCGAAGGACCGAGGCCAGGCGACAAUUCGAAGAUGAACUCGAAGAACCAUCUACCAAACCAGCUCGUCUCGUUCCGCGUGCCCAUUGUCCCGUUGACCCUGGAAUACCACUUCUCGCAGCGCGAGCCGGCAUGGUUCGUCGACGCUCUCUGCUUCUCGGGACAACAAAACCGAUGGGCGAUGCAGAACUGCGUCCCCUGGGCGUUGCCGCACCUCGAGCAUUUUACGAUGCCGCUGUCGGGCGAGGAUCAGGAUUUCGGCGACGUGUUGGAGCGCUGUUCGCACCUUGAGGUCGUGCAAGAGGAGGUCAAGGUCACGGUGAACAUUGUGUCGACUUCGAUGGGAACGGAGGAUGAGAGGAUGGCUGGAACGAUUAUACAUGGCGCGUUGUGUCAGCCUGUCGGGCGGGAAGGAAAGGAGAAUGGGACAACAGUUGCAAGCGGAAGGGCCUUGGGGUUUGUCCUGCCGCUGGGUGCAGCUUAUGCCCGGUCGAAAAUAAUCGGAGAUGGUGAAAACAAGGCGAGAAAGGUGCAUGUCCUCGUCCGGAGGUGUUGCUUCGCAAUGUAGC